GACUGUGGUUUGUCAUCCUCUGCCUUUUAUCCACAAACACCAUUCCACAUGGCGAGACCAAGACGACAGAAGAAAGAAAAGGACCUCAAGGAUGACGAGUUCAUAGACGGCGAGGAGGAUGUGGAAGUUGACGACGAUGCGCCGCCCACCAUCGAUCCUUACGCUGUGCUUGGACUAGAACAAGAUGCGACCGCCGACGAUGUGAAGAAAGCGUAUCGGAAGCAGGCACUGCUUUAUCAUCCCGACAAAUCCCAAGACUCCAACAAAUCCAACGCGGUCAAAAAAUUCCAAGAAAUCGCCUUCGCCUACGCUGUCCUCUCCGACGAACGUCGCCGCAAGCGCUAUAACCUCACCGGCAGCACCGCCGAGACCCUCGACCACUCCGAUGAAGAUUUCGACUGGCUCAGCUUCUACCGCGAGCAGUUCGAGAACAUCGUCACCGAGGAGAACAUCCAGAUCAUUAAGGAUGAGUACAAAGGCAGUGCUGAAGAACGGGAAGCCCUGUUGGAUGCGUAUACGCGGUAUAAGGGCAACUUGGACAAGAUUUACAAUUCAGUGAUGUGCUCGGAUGUAGUAGAAGAUGAUGACCGGUUUCGACAGAUUCUGGAUGAGGAGAUUGCGAAGGGGACGAUUGAGUCGUUUCCUACGUACGAGCGUCAGAAUAAUGAUCAGGCGAGGGAGAAGGUGAAAGCGGCUGAGCGGAAGAGAGUUGAGGAGUUCAAGAAGCGGAAUGAAGGGAAUGUUAAGGGUCUGAAGAAGGAAGGCAAGAAGGGGGAUAUGAAUGACCUGGCGGCAUUGAUCAAACAGAGGCAGCAAUCUCGUGCGGGGGGUUUUUUCGACCAUUUAGAGGCGAAGUAUACGGCUAAAGAGGACAGGAAGGGCAAGAAAAGGGCGAAGCCGAUGGAUGAGCCGCCGGAGGAGCUGUUUCAGGCGAACAUUGACCGCAUGAAGCGGAGUCGGGGGAAUGCCCGUGAGGCGAGGAAGAAGAUUGUUGUAGAUGAGGAGGAUGACGUAUCGGAAGAUAUGGGCGUGUCUGACGAGGAUGACGCUCCACCGAAAGCCUCCCGGAAGACAAAAGCUAAGGCUAAAGGCCGAGCUCGAACAAAGGCUCGCAUGUAGGCCAAAGACAUCAAGCAGUCUCAGAGAGGGCAGCGGGCAAUUCAAUGGGUAUUUCGGACACUCAGCGUGGCGUUUUUUGGUAUGUAAAUAAACGCCGGCUUGCACGGUUUAGCAGAAGGUUAAGGAGUCCACAUUCGAUGGAGUUCAGGCCGGUAGUAGC